AUGUUAUUUUAAUUUUAACAUCAAGUCGAAGCGGACUUCAUAAAAUUCCAAAUUUAUAUAUACUAAUCUUGGGCCCCGCCCUUUGGAAGCUCCUCGGUAAUGUCUGAUCCAAAGAAACAGUAUCCGGAGGCCUAUGCGAUCUGUGAGAAGUUCAUAAUAAGUAAACAAAACAUGCAAGAGAUCGUUACUCGCCUAACCAAGGAAAUCAAUAUGGGUCUCACGCGGGAUACACAUCCGAGGGCCACGGUUAAGUGCUUUGUCACUUACGUACAGGAGCUGCCCACGGGAAAGGAGCGGGGAAAUUACCUGGCGCUGGAUCUAGGCGGUACCAAUUUUCGAGUCCUCUUGGUUAAUCUGAUAAAUGACAAAGAAAUUGAUAUUACCGGAAAGACCUAUGCCAUUAGUAGGGAAUUACAGGAGGGUUCCGGCUCGAAACUGUUCGACUUUAUUGCCAGUUGCCUAGCGGAAUUUUGCAAAGAGCAUAAAUUGGAGCGAUUGAAUACACCACUGGGAUUUACAUUUUCCUUUCCAUGCAAACAGGUUGGCAUUGACAGCGGCACCUUGGUCGCUUGGACGAAGGGUUUCAAAGCCGAAGGAGUUAUUAAUAAGAACGUGGUCGAAUUGCUGCGGGAUGCAGUCAAGCGUCGAGGCGACUUGAAGGUGAAUGUCGUGGCCAUAUUGAACGACACGACUGGAACCCUGAUGUCCUGUGCCUUUAACCAUCGUAAUUGCAAAAUUGGCAUGAUUGUGGGCACGGGUUCCAACGCUUGCUACGUGGAGAAGACGGUGAAUUGCGAAACCUUCGAUGAGUAUCGUAAUAGCACAAAGCCCAAUAUGAUCAUCAAUUGCGAGUGGGGAGCUUUUGGGGACAAUGGCGUGUUGGAUUUCAUACGCACAUCCUACGAUCAUCAAGUCGACAAGAACUCGAUCAAUCCAAAGAAGCAGAUCUUUGAGAAGUGCAUCUCCGGCAUGUACAUGGGCGAAUUGGUGCGACUCGUUAUAGUGGAAUUGAUGGACAAGCAAUUAAUUUUUAAGGGCCAAUCAUCUCAGAAAAUUCUAGUAAAAGGGAAUUUCGAUACUAGCUUCAUAACUGAGAUUGAGUCCGAUCAGCCGGGCUCGCAUCGCAACGCCGCCAUGGUGAUGGAUCGCCUGGGCAUCAGAACGAAUAAUGAGAAGGAUCUGGACUGUCUGCGCUUAAUAUGCGAGACUAUAUCCACGCGUUCCGCAAAGCUGGCAGCAUGUGGGCUCGUCUGCCUAAUCAACAAAAUGAAUGUCAAGGACUUGACUAUAGGCAUUGAUGGCAGUGUAUAUCGGUAUCAUCCUAAUUACCAUACGCUGUUAACGGAAAGUAUGAAUAUGCUGCUAGCGGGUUCAGUCAAAUUUGAGCUAGCAUUAUCCGAAGAUGGCUCGGGUCGCGGUGCGGCACUAAUUGCUGCGGUGUGCGCUAAGUGAAGUAAAUACUAUUUUCAAA